GUAUCCCUAGGCUGUGGGGAUAAUUGCUGUAAGCCGUCUUAUUCUUCCGAGGAAUCCAAUAUGCUAGAGAUUAUUCAUCUCCAACAGAUAUCAACAGAACAGAAGCAAAAUCGUCUUCGAAAGUUGAGUUCUGCUAGGCUUUUGCUUCCUCAAAUCUUAGACUCUCGAAAGCCAACCCUUGCCUUUUUUCCUUUCUUCUCUUCGUUCCAAUGUAAGAGACUUUAAUCAAAGUAUUCCCUUUUCCUUGGACUUAUUUUUGUGCCGUGUUGGCGUUUCUGGUGAAAUGGGUCGUCUUCAUUGACGGAUUUUGUGCUUCAGAGGCUGUUUCCGAAUGGGCACAGCUUGUCUCUGAUACCUUGAACUUAAAGUGUGGGUUUUUACAAUUGUUUUUCUUAUGGAAAGAAGCUUUUCUUAAGAAAUGUAGUGUUGUUUUGGGAGUUUAUACCCUUCUUGCAAGAUAAUCUCUCGUGCUGUGUAUGUGUUUGUGUGUGUGUUUGCUUUGGAAUGGGAUUUUACUUGAAUGAAUUUGAUACGGAUUGAGGAAGGCAGCACUGGGAUUGUUUCGGUUCCUGAAGUUUAACCCUUUGGUGUUUUCUUUUGAUCUCUCUGUAGCAAUCGACUAUUGCUACUGGGUAGUUUUAUUAUUGUGUGUGGAUGUUUAUUGAUACCAGAAAAUCAAAUGUUGGGAACAUAGACAAGGAGAACUACUCAUUCAUUUCAUAUGUUAUAGCGUUUUCAUUCUGUGGAAGUAGUUGUCAAAUUGGAAGUCAUUAUUGGAUUUAGGAGAAUGCUUUGCUUGACGAAUGCCUUCUUGUCUUUGAAUUGAUGGAAAUUGCUGCUUUGGGGUUUUUUGUGAUUGAAAUUGGUAAAAAUAGGAAAUUAUUGUGGUAGAAUUUGGGUAGCAUUUUUUCUUUUCUGCGAGCAGACAUGGAUUUUUGGGUAUUUGGAGCUGCAGCAGCUGCUGGAUACAUUGCUAAACAUUGGCAAUACAUUUCAAGGGAUAGGGAUAAUUUAUCGGAGCCUGGGAAAAAUGAAACCCCCAGCUGCCCCUUCCGCAGAUUAACUUGGAGAAGGAAACUAGCAGAAGAUACUUCUACAGGUGAGAGAUUGUCAGAUAUGUACAAGUUAGAUGGUGCUUCAGAAGCAGAAGUUUCUACUAGUGGUUAUGUUGAAAAGCUUGGGAUUUGGGGAGAUUAUGAACAUAGGAUGCUUCCCUUGUCAAGCUUGCCACUUGGAUUUUCAACAGAUGAACACCUAAAAGAAAGUGGGGGUGAAAAAGGUUUGAAUGGUGAUAUGGGAGAUAAUUCUGGUAGGCCUUGUACUGGUGAAGUGGAUCCUUUUUGUGAUCGUAUGAGGAAAAGAAGCUCGCUUAGAACCAAAGGCUAUUUUAUCAAACCUUUGAGUUCCCUAGAAAGUUGCCUAACAGCUCAGAUAUACAAGGAACACGUUAAAAUGGAAGAGUAUGUGCUUAGUGUCCUUCCUUCAUCAUCUACAAAUAUAAGGCCACUGCUUGUAACCAAUGGCAACCAAACAAUUAACAGAGUGAAUGGUCAUUCUGUCAGUGCACGAAUCAGCACUGAUGAUAAUAGGCUGCAUAAGGAGGAAAUUCUAUGUGGGAUUCCUCCAUUGCCAAAAAUCAGUACAUUGGCUGUUCCCAGUAAGAUUAAAUCUAAGAUAGGGAAGGGGCAUGAUGAAAGAUACAGAAGUUCCCAUAAAGCAGGCAAUGGAAGGCACUUUGAUUCUCAAACUGGGUCAAUUGAUCGAAAAAUUUUAUUCUGUUUGGGCAUUUGUGUUGGUAUAGUCACUUCUCUUCUAGAUAAUAGGAGAGAGCUAGACAAAUUUAAACAAUUGUUAAAGCAGAAAGAGAACUUGGUCCAAGAUCUGCAAGAGGAACUUGAAAUGAAAGAUUUGUUGACAGUGGAACAGCUAGCUGACGAGAAAUGUGAAUCACAAGAUACAUAUGAGAACUCCUUUGACUACGAGGCACCAAAUCCACUUGUUUCUGUGCAAGAUAUGGAUAUUUCAAGAAACAAUGAUGAUGAAGAUUCAAACCACUAUGAGAAGGCUGAGGAGACCACAGGAGACAUGAGUAAAAUUGAAGCAGAGCUUGAGGCUGAACUUGAGAGAUUGGGGCUAAACAUGAAUACAUCUAAUAUGGAUACAAGAUGGUCCGAUCUUGUUGAGCUUGACCCAGACUUUGAAUCAGACUUUGCUCAAGGUGACCUGAGGGCAGACAUGGUCAAUGGGCAAGCUGUGGAAUCAGAUAGAGAUGCAAGUGGUACCUCAACAACUUACACUGGAAAUUAUACAGUUUCACCCCGAGAACUGAGCCUGCGGCUGCAUGAAGUUAUCGAAUCCAGACUUGAAGAGCGUGUGAAGAAGCUUGAGAGGGCUCUUCAAAACAGUGAGAGGAAGUUGCAACUCAGGGAAUCUGAGCAUAGGAAUGUUUGUAGGCAGUUCCCCAACAGAGAACUGAGAUAUUCCUCUGGUGAAGAAACUGAAGAAGAUUCCAGUUGUAUGACCCAGCCACUAGUUAUGGAUUUAUCAGGAGAAGCUCUGGAUGCUUACAAUGAAGCCUAUGAAGAGCUAAUGAAGAUAAAUGAAUCAGAAGAUGAGUCACCAUGUGGAUUUCAUGAAAGCAUUAUAUGGGGUCAAAAUCUUACUUGCAAUAAAGAGAAAUCAUCUAGAGAGAUACAUUUCAAUCAGUUAAAGGCAUCAAUAGAGCGAGGCUUACAAAAUCAAGAAUUGCUUUAUGAUGGCGCAAGUGAAGAUGAAAAUGGCAAUUGCAAUGAUGAGUUAGAAAAGCAGCUGAUAAAGCAUGUUGUGGAGAAAACGAGGAAAGGUUCUCCUGUAGUGCUAAAUGCACAGAGGUUGUUGUUUUCCAUGGAUGAAAACGAAGGUUAAAAAUGAAAGUGAAACGUUAGAAAGUUUUGCUAGUGUAUAACGUAUACAUGCAUACAUAAUGAAAUAUUCUCAUCCUGUGCA